ACCAUCAGCCACGAGGGGCAGCAGCGCACCCACGUCACGGCCACUUUCCUGAUUCGACCACGCGACAUCUCCCCAACCGUCGCUUGACACGUCGGGUCGCUGCUUUGCUGCUGAGCGGACUCACUCUCCUUUCUCUCUGCAACCUCACCCUACGAACCCGAGCCCGAGCCCGAGCCCGAUCUUCCCGCCGAAGGCCUCGAGAGCCCCUCCCUACCUAGCCAACCCCGUUCCGAAGACGUCGGCGAACGACUGCUUCCACGACGACAGCAAGAGCACCGACACGGCACGACAACGACGCAUACAUUGACUCUGCUGGGCCUUGCUGGUAUCGUCGCGGCGCGCGACACGCAACCUCUCCCACCGAUGUUGUCUAUCUAAUCAUUCGACCUCGAACACUCUCCCUACCCAACGAUUCCCCGGCCCGGGAUACGGCCUGCCCGCCGCCGUCAUGUUGGAGGGUCUUGUCGCCGGGUUGCUUAACCGCUUCCUUGGCAUGUACGUCAAGAACUUCGACCCGACGCAGCUCAAGGUCGGCAUCUGGUCUGGCGAUGUCAAGCUCCGCAACCUGGAGCUGCGUCGAGAGGCCCUCGAUCAGCUCAAGCUGCCUAUCAAUGUCAUGGAGGGCCACCUCGGCGAGCUGACCCUCGUCAUUCCUUGGUCCAACCUGCGCGGCGCCCCGGUCAAGGUCUUCAUUGAGGACGUCUUUCUGCUCGCGAGCCCCAAAGAAGAAGCCGAGUACGACCAGGACGAAGAGGAGCGGCGGAGACAGCGUCUCAAGAUGGAGAAGCUUGACAGCGCCGAGCUGCUUAAGGAACGCAACCGCGAAGGCAUGAGCCAAGAAGAGCAGCAGAAGAACCAGAGUUUCACCCAAAGCCUAGUCACCAAGGUCGUCGACAAUCUUCAAGUUACGGUCAAGAACAUUCACAUCCGCUACGAGGAUUCCAUAUCUGCCCCUGGGCAUCCGUUCGCCCUUGGCUUCACGCUUGAGGAGUUUAGCGCGGUCAGCACCGACGGCCAGUGGAAGCCAACCUUCAUCCAGGAUAGCAGCAAUGUUACGCACAAGCUCGCAACCUUGGGUGCGCUCGCCGUAUAUUGGAACACCGACUCGGAACUGUUCGGCACUGGACGCGAGGCAGAAUCCUCGGCGACGGAGCCCAUGGAGCACCACGAGAUGGUGGAAAGGUUCCGCAGCAUGGUGGGUAAGGCCAACGCCGCCACCUCGCACCACCAAUUCAUCCUCAAGCCCGUCAGCGGUCAAGCCAAGAUUGAGCUCGACAAAUCGGGCGAUAUCCACGCACCCAAGUUUAAAGCCAACUUGUUGUUCGAGGAGAUUGGUCUCGUGCUCGAUGACGACCAGUAUCGCGAUGCGCUCAUGAUGGUGGACCUGUUUCACUAUUUUAUCCGACACCAAGAAUACAAAGGCCUCCAGCCAAAGGGGGUGCGACCCAAGGAAGACCCGAGGGCCUGGUUUCAGUUCGCCGGAAAUGCAGUACUGGGAAAGAUACACGAGCGGAACCGCAAGUGGUCCUGGGAAUUCUUCCGCGAACGACGAGACGACCGAAACCGGUAUAUCGAGCUGUUCAAGAAGAAGAAGCAACAGCAAAGCCUUUCGACACAGGAGAACGAAGAUCUUGGCAACCUGGAGUGGAAGCUUGACUACGAGGAUUUGCGUUUCUGGCGCUCCCUCGCCCGUAAUCAGCUGAAGAAGGAGAACGCAGCGGCGUUGAAGAAGCAGUCCGCGCAACCAGAGCAACAAGGAUGGCUUUCCUGGAUGUGGGGUUCCAAACCGCAAGGCAAAAUCGAGGAAAACGAGGAAAACACGCAGAUGACUGAAGAACAGCGAAAGGAGCUAUAUGAUAUGAUUGACUGGGACGAAAAGACGGCGCUGGCCGAGGCUGUCGACGUCCCUCGUGAGGCGGUCAAGUUGUGCAUCGAAACGUCGCUUAGUACCGGAAGCUUCACGCUCAGGCAAAGCCCACACGGAGAUGCCCGCGAUCUCUUGAGCCUGCAUUUCGACGUUUUCAAAGCCAAGGCGCUUCAAAGAAAGGACUCACUGCUCGCCAAUGUCAGUCUCGGAGGGCUUCGAGUCAACGACGGCACGACUGCCGAUAGCCUAUAUCCCGAGAUUGUCCGUGUCAAAGACGCCCCAUCGACAAAGCAACGCAAGCGCCUGUCUCUAGUGGAGCUGGAGAAGGACGAUGAAGAGCCCUUCUUCCAGUUCGAGGUCGAGAAGAAUCCGAUUGAGCGUGAGGGAGACAUCGCCGUCGUUGGCAAGCUCAAGCCCCUCGAAGUGGUGUGGAAUCCAAACUUCGUGGUCGGCAUUGUUGAUUUCUUCAGACCGCCCGAGCGGCACAUGGAAUCGAUCACGGCCCUGAUGGAAACGGCCGGCGCCACUGUCGAGGGCAUUCGUGAACAGACGCGGGCUGGUCUGGAGUUUGCAUUGGAGGAGCACAAGACGAUCAAUGCUGAACUUGAUCUACAAGCUCCUCUGAUUAUCGUGCCCGUCAGCAUAACAACUCAGGAAUCUACCUGCCUGAUUGUAGACGCUGGUCACAUCCACCUCAACAGCCAAUUGGUCGAUCACGACACGAUGAAGGAAAUUCAGUCCAAGCAACGUCAGUCUUACAGCGAAGAAGACUUCAAACGGCUCGAGUCUGUAAUGUACGACAAAUUCAUCGUCAAACUCACGUCGACUCAGGUCCUUAUUGGCCCGUCCAUUCAGGAGACCAAGCGGCAGCUCGACCGAACUACAACGGGCUCGCAAUUUCACGUGGUUGAGCAAAUCAACGUUGACUUUGUGGUAGAGACGUCAAUCCUGCCAAAGGCACCAAAUCUGACCAAGUUCAAAGUCUCAGGGCAUCUUCCAAUGCUUCACGCAAGUGUUUCAGACUCCAAGUACAAGAAUUUGAUGAGAAUCAUUGACGUGGCCAUACCGAAGCUCUCAAAGCAAGAUCAGUUGGAACUCGCAGUACAAGAGCAGCCGAAGCAGCCGCAACGCCCUCGGCCCGUGAGCAGCGCAUCGAACAGGUCCCGCAGAAAGUCUCAGCGCGAUCGCAGGCAGUCAACCGCCUUUCCAUUUAUGCAGCCGCAAACUGCUGUCAUCCUCGAUGAUAUGGACGAGGAUGAGGACGACUUCGAGGACGCCACAGACGGCGUGGAUGGUCAGAAUCUCAAGAUUCACCAGCGCAGUUUUGAAUUCAACUUCAAGGUCGAUACGCUGAAAGGCUCGCUCUAUCGGAGUGACCCAGACAGGAAGAAGCCAGACACGCUAUUGGUAGAGUUGAUCGCCGAGCGUUUUGACUUGGCCUUCUACACGCGGCCGUUUGAUAUAGCUGCUGAGGUAUCUCUCGGCUCUGUGACGGUAGAAGACUUUGUCGACAAUCCCCCGGACGAGUUCAAGUCUAUCGUCUCAUCUGGAGACAGGGACGACCGGCAGGCCGGCCGCAGCCUGGUUCAUGUCAAGUUCAUGAAGGUCAAUCGACAAUCGCCCGAGUUCAUGCCUGUAUACGAAGGCGUGGAGACAAACAUAACAGCGGCAGUCUCGACUAUCAACCUCAUUGUGACGAGGAAAACGCUUCUAACUCUGCUAGACUUCAUACUCAUCACGUUUACGGGUGGCAAUGGUGGCCAGGAGCAGACUCAAGAAGCUGUCCCCGAGAUAGAGGUCGUGGAGGAAACCCAGGGCGAGGGCGAUGCCCUGGACGUCGCGAGACAAAAUGCCAACGCGGGGUCCAUCCGAGUCAAGGUUGACCUUAAGAGUAUUCGACUUAUCCUCAACAAUGACGGCAUCAGGCUCGCGACACUUUCAUUCAAUCAGGCUGAUGCUGGAAUUUUUCUGCGCGGAAAGACCAUGCGCAUCUCCGCCAAGCUUGGAGACCUUUCGCUCGUCGAUGACGUGAACCUGGGCGUGUCCGAGGAGUCGAACCUUCGGAAGCUGGUUACGAUUCAGGGCGACGACUUGGCCGAUUUUCGAUAUGAGACGUUCGAUUCAUUGAACCAGAAAGCCUACCCAGGCUACGACAGCUCAAUAUUUCUUCGUGCCGGCUCGGUCAAGAUCAACUUUGUCGAAGAGCCCUUUCGCAAGAUUAUUGACUUCUUGGUCAAAUUUGGCAAGAUGCAAGCGCUGUACAACGCCGCGCGACAAGCCGCCGUUAGUCGAGCCAACCAGAUACAGCAGAGCCCAAGCCGGUUCAAGUUUGACGUCAUCGUCAAGACUCCUAUUGUCGUCUUCCCUCGACUGAUGAUUCCCGGCCGCCCCAAACGUGACCUAGUCACGGCAUACCUGGGUGAAAUUUACGCUCAAAACAAAUUUGCCCCGCUAGACGACAGCAAGGAUGCCGAGGUUGCGAUGAAGAUUUCGGCUGGAAUCAGGAACAUCCGACUGACAUCGGAUCUUCACUACGAAGAGGACAGAUCAGAGGAGCUGGAAAUGAUUGAUCACGUCGAUCUCGGGUUUAAUAUCACCUAUGCGGAGCACAAACCUGGGGUUAAACGUCCGGACACUGAGAUCGAGGGGUCUCUCUCCGAUAUCAAGCUCCGGCUGACGCAGCAUCAGCUCAAGUUCUUGAUGGAAAUCUCCAAGUCUGUACCAGCCGCUUUUGCGGGAGAAGGCGGCAAUACGGACGAGGAGGCCGCCCGACUCGUCGACGAAGACACCCUGCAGCGAGCGAGGACCUUGCCGCCGAAUGACGGAUCUGGGGACCAGCAUCUUGUAGACCUGUCACCAGAACUUGGCACAGUUGAAAACACGUGGACCAAACUUGAUCUCGUGUUUUCCGCAGGGUCUGUGGGAUUGGAACUCAUCAUGGCCAACGAAGACGAGCCAGUCGGCGACUUGGCCGCGUCGAGCCUCUCACGCUUCUCGCUCGACGGGACCAAAGUGAAGACACGGAUGCUCUCUGAUGGGUCGCUCGAGGCUGAGCUCCUCAUCCACUCGUUUACGAUCCAAGACAGCCGCCCACGAGAGUCCAACAAGUUCCGCCGUAUCAUGACUUCCUCCAACAAGGAAGCACAGCAGCUCAUGGCGAGCUUCACCAUGUCCGGCGGAGCGGAGCGUAGCAUCAUUGCAAUGGCCACCAUCGACAGUCCUCGGGUAAUAUUCGCACUGGACUAUCUUUUUGCGUUGCAAAAGUAUGCGACUGAAGGAUUGGCCGUCGAGGGAUCGAGUCCGAUGGAUGACGAGAGUCUGCUCGAGUCUCCGGACGAGUCAGAUGCCGACUCGAUGCAAGUGACGUAUACCGGCGCAAGAUCAGGACCAACAAAGUCACAAACUUCUCGGCAGCGAAGUAAUGCGCAGGAGGAUAACGAAGUAGAGAAGCAGCGCGGUACAGCCUUGAGCAUCGCAUUCCGUAUCAACCUUGUGGACGCUCAGGUCAUCCUGAUUGCCAAUCCAUUGAGCGCGAGCUCCGAAGCGAUUGUGUUGAACAUUCGCCAGAUUCUCCUUUCGCAGCAACACGCCCUUACGUUCCAAAUAUCCGAAGUUGGCAUGUUCUUGUGCCGAAUGGACAAACAAGAGACCUCACGGCUGAGGAUUAUCGACAAUUUUUCAAUUCAAAUGAACAUGGACACGUCGCAGCCGUCUCUGACAAACAUUCACAUCGAUGUGGAGCCCCUUGUUCUCCGGUUGUCCCUCAGAGAUAUUCUUCUCGUUCUCCAGAUCGUCAGUCGGGCUAGCGAGCUGUCUGGUAGAGACUCCAACGAGCCCGGUGAGACGCCCGCGGAACAAAAAGCUCGGCAGCUUCGAAAUGCAAGCAUCAAGAAUAAGUCCCUCAGCGGCCGCGGCCAGUCGACCAUCGCAAAAACCAAGGGAACACGGACCAUCGCAACCAAUAAUCCCCAGACUGCUGUCCAGAGCCAGCCCCCGGCCCCUGCCAGACACGAAGAGCUGACCGCCACGAUAGAAGGUGUGCGGGUCGUCCUGAUUGGUGAUGUGCAUGAGCUGCCCAUCCUCGAUAUAGGUGUUAAGGAGUUCACUGCCACCGCAGAAAACUGGUCGUCCAACCUUAAGGCUGAGGCUGCAAUCGAACUGUACUCCAGCGUGUACAACUUUUCGAAGUCGAGCUGGGAGCCGCUAGUUGAACCGUGGCAAGUUGGACUUGGCGUCGCCAAGGAGCCUACGUCGGGCCUCUUGUCUGUUGAUGUCGCAUCGAAGAAGACUUUCGAUAUCACGGUCACGACCGCGACAAUAGCGCUCGCCUCCAAGUCGCUAGACUUCCUGACCACAGAACAGGAUGUGCUCGACAAGCCACGUGGGGUCGAGGCGCCAUACCGAAUCAGAAAUUACACAGGCUUCGGAGUCAUGCUUCACUCUAAGAGCCCAACAAGCGAAGAACCACUAUGUCUGUCUCUCGACGACGGGCAAGAUGCCCCUUGGAGCUUCGAGCAUUGGGAGAAGAUGCGAGAGAAUCUCCUUACCGAGUCUAGCCAGAAUGAUGUGACUCUCAGGUUGGAGGGCAGCGGGUUCGACCCUAUCAAGAAUGUGAGAAUCAAUCGCGAGGGCGAGUUUCUGUACAACCUUCGACCAAAGACAGACAACGUCACACAUCGAAUCUGCGUCGAAGUAAGCCUGGGCACCGAUAAUGUCAAAUACGUCACCGUGCGAUCGCCUCUGGUAGUCGAGAACGACACACAGAUUCCAGUCGAGCUGGGCGUCUACGAUGCUCAAGAAGGCCACUUGCUCAAGAUUGAGAAGAUUGCGCCGGGCGACGCCCGCCCCGCACCCGUCGGCGCUGUGUACGAGAAGCGUGCGCUCGUGAGGCCCGACAGUGGCUUUGGAUAUCAGUGGAGCAGAGACCAGCUUUGGUGGCGAGACCUACUCAAGCGCCCGACGAAGCAACUGGUGUGCCAAGGCGAGAACGGCGACCCAUUCUACUUCCAGGUCCACGCUGAGUAUGACAAGUCCAAUCCCAUGUCCAAGGUCUAUCCUUGCAUGAAGGUUAAGCUAUCCGCACCCAUCACACUCGAGAACCUAUUGCCCUAUGACUUCAAAUACAGGAUAUACGACAAGAACACGAAGAAAGACUGGUCCAACUUUCUGCGGAAGGGAGGGGUCAGUCCCGUCCACGUGGUUGAGCUCUCUCACCUGCUCUUGUUGAGCAUCGACAUGCAAGAUACUGUGUUCAAGGCUAGCGAUUUCUCCAUUAUCAACUCUGGUGGCGCCGAGGACUUCAAAAAGGAAGGUCGCAUCAUCGUGAAGGACGACCAAGGACUCCCACUGAACUUGGGUCUCCACUACUUUAAGAUUCCCAACAGCGGAGGUGCCUUCAAGGUCACCGUCUAUAGUCCCUACGUUAUCCUCAACAAGACCGGGCUCGACUUGCGCAUCCGCGGGAAGAGCUUCCUGCAGCAGGCGAAACCAGCAGCGGGACAAUUCCCACUCGUGGAUACCUCGGAUCAGGAUCGGCCCAAGGCUUUGCCGUUCAUGUUCUCGUACGGAAACGAUGACAAUCGCAACCGGGCACUCCUCAAAGUCGACGAAUCGGAGUGGAGCAAGCCUCAGAGCUUCGACGCUAUUGGCAGCACGGCUGAGGUCAUUCUCCCUUCGUCCUCGAAGCAGAAGGAAAUCCACCUCGGGAUCACGGUCAAUGCCGGAGAGGGCAAGUAUAAGAUGACAAAGGUCGUCACGCUUGCUCCUCGAUUCGUCCUCGAGAACAAGUUGGGAGAGGAGGUGUUUGUUCGAGAAUCUAGUUCGUCUGGCUACAUGACUCUCAAGCCUGGCGCGCUGCAGCCCCUCCACUUCAUGCAAAAGUCGCAGGUCAAGCAGCUUUGCCUUUGCUAUCCCGGCGUGGACAACCACUGGACCUCGCCUUUCAACAUUGCCGACAUUGGAACCACACAUGUGAAGAUCGCAAAGGCGGGUCAGCGACAGCGUCUAGUCAGAGUUGAGAUCCUCCUCGAAGAUUCCACCAUUUUCCUCCACCUCAGCAUGGAGACCAAGAAUUGGCCGUUCUCCAUGCGCAAUGAGAGUGACGUCGAAUUCACCUUCUUCCAAGCCAAUCCCAACGUGGAGGACGACGAUGUCGAGGACCGAAGCGGUUGGAAACCUAUCCGAUAUCGCCUGCCCCCGCGAAGCAUCAUGCCCUACGCUUGGGACUUCCCUGCGGCCAAAUUCCGAGAGAUUGUCAUCAUGACGAACCAUAAGGAACGACAUGUGAAGCUGGCAGAGAUUGGCAACCAAAUACCGAUGAAGUUCGUGACGCCGGACGGGAAUCAGAAGAUCAUUGAUAUCAACGUCGCCGCAGAUGGGCCGACACAAACCCUCAUCCUCAGCAACUUUCGCGCGAGUCGCAGCAUGUACAAGCCAAAGGCCCUGUCCCGGACUAACACGGGCCCGGAGGCAUUCGAAGUGAAGGACCAGGAUACUGGCGCGACGUUCCGAGCCCAGCUUAAGCUGUCUGGCGUGGGCAUCUCGCUGAUCAACGCACAGCUGAAGGAGCUUGCGUACGUCACCUUUAGAGACGUGCAGUUCCGCUACAGCGACUCGCCGCUGAUACAGACGGUGUCGCUUGCCGUCAAAUGGAUGCAGAUCGACAAUCAGCUCUACGGUGGCAUCUUCCCCAUGAUUCUGUACCCCAGCGUCGUCCCAAAGAAGGCCAACGAGGUCGACGCCCAUCCUUCGCUGCACGCGAUGGUGAGCCGAGUGAAGGACGACUCGUAUGGAGUACUAUACAUCAAGUACGCCACGAUUCUGCUCCAGCAGAUGACCAUUGACCUGGACGAGGACUUCGUUUUCGCCCUCUUGGACUUUUCCAAUGUUCCCGGAGCCAGUUGGACUGCCGUGGACGAAGAGGGCAAGCUGUGCGACGCAGACUUGGACAUUCCUGAGCCGUCUCAACAGCAGUCUGGUCAAGACAUCUAUUUUGAGGUGCUCAAUAUUCAGCCGAUGCAGCUCGACCUGAGCUUUAUGCGGACUGAGCGUGUCAACGCUGAAGACAAGACCACGACAAGAAACCCCGUCAUGUUUUUCCUGAACGUCAUGACCAUGGCCAUCGGCAAUGUCAACGACGCUCCCAUUCGUUUCAACGCCCUGUUGCUGGACAACGUGCGGGUAUCGACGCCUGUCCUCAUACAAAACAUUUCUAACCACUAUAGCCAGGAGGUCAUGUACCAGAUCCACAAGAUUUUGGGGUCUGCCGACUUCCUUGGCAACCCGGUGGGGUUGUUCAACAAUAUCUCCUCCGGAGUGACAGACAUCUUCUACGAGCCGUACCAGGGACUGAUCCUCUCAGACAAGCCGGAGGAGUUCGGUCUGGGCAUCGCAAAAGGCGCGGCAUCGUUUGCGAAGAAGACGGUGUUUGGCUUCAGCGAUAGCUUCUCCAAGUUUACUGGUAGCUUGAGCAAGGGUCUGGCGGCCGCGUCUCUCGACAAGCAAUUCCAAGACAGGCGACGCAUUACGAGGGCACGAAACCGUCCGAAGCACGCUUUGUACGGUGUUGCCGCCGGGGCAAAUUCGUUCUUCACGAGCGUGGCUUCCGGCGUUGGUGGGCUGGCGCGAAAGCCGCUCGAGGGUGCCGAACAGGAGGGUGCGUUCGGCUUCUUCAAGGGCGUCGGCAAAGGCGUGCUAGGACUUGCGACGAAGCCGGCCGUCGGCGUGUUGGACAUGGCAAGUAACGUCAGCGAAGGCAUUCGCAAUACCACGACGGUCUUUGAUGGUUUCGAGCUCGACCGUACCCGUUACCCGAGGUUCAUUUCGAACGACGGCAUCGUCCGGCCGUAUAACCCCCGCGAGGCGCUGGGGCAGUAUUGGCUCAAGCAAGUCGACAACGGCAAGUAUUUCAACGAGCAGUACAUCGGCCACCUCGAACUCCCGAAGGAAGAUAUGGUUGUCAUGAUCACCUUUGCUCGGAUCCUACUUAUCAGGUCGAGGCGUCUCACCAGCGAAUGGGACAUUCCGCUCAAAGACUUGCAGACUAUUGCCAAGGAGCGCACCGGCGUGAGCCUAGUACUGAGGGGCGGUGCCAAUGGGCCCUUCAUUCCGAUAGGGGGCGGCAGCGAGAGGAGUUUCUUGUACAAGAUGAUUGGAGUUGCGGUGGAAGAAUUCAACCGGCGUUUCAGGGGCGGAGAGUAGUGGCCUCGCCGCUGUAUGGGUAGGUGAUGCUACGCGCGCUGUGCAAACCUGGCGUGGUACUUGGUUUCAAGCGGGGGGACAUAACCUUAUAUGGGUCAUUUGAUGACAGUAUGGCAUGAACAUUGAGCCGCCUCGUCAUGGCCCUUUUCGGGGCGCCGGUGAGCAAGAUAGACGUCGCCGGUUUCCGCUGUUUGCAACGCGGAAACACAGGCAUUCUUUUGCGCAUACAUAGUCUCCCUUUCUGUUCGUAUACAGCCACUCUUACCUAGCAACGAUGACGAUAUGAUCGAC